AUGUCCGGAACUCCGAAUACAGGGUUUCAUUUGAAUGAUAUUUAUAACUUAAUAUUUCUUCUCAAUUUUCUUCUUAUUAACUUUUGUUCUGUUCAUAUCUAUCUAUCUAUCUAUCUAUCUAUCUAUCUAUCUAUCUAUCUAUCUAUCUAUCUAUCUAUGGCCAUAAGUAACAGUCAUAUCUAUCUAUCUAUCUAUCUAUCUAAACAUGACAUAAUCUUCUUAUUUUUCUCUUGUUUUCGUUGCUCUUCUUCAUUGUCAUUAUUCCUUCUUCAUCUUUCUUUUCUUAUUCUGUUUGCCUCAUGCCUUCCUCUUCGUCUCCCUUUUUCAUUUUCUUUAUCCCGCUUUCUUUGUUUCUUUUCGCAAGCCUCUCCUCUUCUUUUCUACUCGCAACUUCUUUUUUUUUUUAAAUCUUUUUCUUUUUUAAUCUUCCUCUUAUCCCACUUCCGCUUUUUUCAUUUUCUUCUUGUCUUUAAAUCAGCAGGCGAUUCUUUCGCACCAAUUUCGUUCGAUUCUACGCCCUGCAUUCAACUGUCUUAA